UGUUAACAUCUGGAUACCAUUACAGACAUUCUGUCGAUAGACCCCUUUCCCGGUAUGGUAGGUAGGCAAGUACUUAGGUACAUAAUAUAGCUUGGCCCUAGAUCCACACGUUAGAUUAUUUUUGAUUCUUGGAUUUCCAGACCGCCUGUCGAUCGAGCCGCUUAAAAAACGUUGGUUCUACCUAUAGGUAUUAUUAUAGAUGCUUGUUGCGCUCAAAAAGACAUAAUAGUGAGAUAGGAAACCUUGCCGAGUUCUCAAAUCGCAAUGGCGUCUGUCGAAGAUACUAAGCGCACGAAUACCACGCUCAAGUUCAUCAACGAAAGCCUUGAAACCUUCCCCAACACCAAAUUUACGGCCAGCAGCCUCGAUUUCUACAGCGGCCAGCCGAAAGACAAUGGCGGAACGUUUUUCGAACCCUUCCAACACAUCCAAAUGCUUCAAGGCCUGGAACGGACCCAACCCUGGAAAAACCCUGGUGGGUGCCCGUCAAUAACGCCCAUAGACGAGCAUCUAGAUAGCUGCGGGCAGGCCAGGGCAGUAUGGAAUGUGAUCCUCAGUUACUUAACCCUCAAUCAAGAUGAGCUCGCUCCCGGAAUCGUCGAAGGAAAAGGAUGGAAACACUCUGGAGAUGAGAGUCUACUGGUAUUGACCGAACCCGCUCCCUGGAAAGUCGAAAGUUUCAUGGAUAAACGUGACCUUCAAAAGCCACAUAUAUUGUGUUUUUUAUCGAACAGUUCCCCUCUCGAAGAGAUGGUUCCCUCUGAGGCCGAGCUAUAUACUAUUUUAUGGACUGUCGGUAGCCGCAUGCUGGAUAAGGCAUACCAGCACCAUCGUAUUGUUCCUGUCAUUAUUGUUUCCGCUGCGGGUUACCGCCUUCGUAUCACCCAAGGUCAUGUUGACCAUGAGGAACUCGUUGUACGAAUGACUCCUGUCAUCAACUUUGCUGCGGGUGAGCACGAGAAUUGGGAUGAUUUCGCACAAACUCUAUGUUGGGUCGUGGGGAACCCCAUCGGAGUCACAACCUACUAGGUAGACUCCAUGCACUUAACCCAUGUAUCUAACGUUGAACGACGAUAUGUUGGGGGGUUGGACGUCUACGCAUAGUUUAACCGGGUUGACAGGCGAUUCAACA